AUGUCAAACCUUGGACCGCUCACCACGGCUUAUCAGCCUUAUGGCACUGGUUGCCAGACGAUACACUUGGGUCUUAGUACGGGUGCGAGCUGGCUACAACAAGGAACCAUUAGCGGUUGCCUGCCGUCAAAUUUCCAACCAGAACCUAGUUACUACUAUUCUCCGGGUGUAUGUCCGCAGGGCUAUACUUACGCUUGUACAGCGGGCGUGAUAGAUGGAACCUCAGUUGCUACUGCUGCCACAUGCUGCCCUAGUAAUUUUGUCUGCAUGAGUUCGCGAGGCAGUGACACUCCUAAUGCCUGCGUGUCGACUAUGCCCUCUGCCAAUUUCUACGUCGUAGAUGUAUUGUCGUAUCUAACGCAUUCACCAACAUUUAUCAAUACGACUAGUAUCUUUUAUGACGCUGGUAACAUUGUACAAGCUAAGGGGCCUAUUGUACGGAGGGCUGAAGAUGAUACUAAAUGGCCCCAACCAACUCCACCCAGUACUUCUACGACUGGGACUACAUACCAAACAAUAACGAAUAUGCCAGCUGGGACAGAUAAGAUAUCGACUGUGACAAGACCUAAUAGUUCCGGGUAUUACACUGCCUCCAUACAGACGGCCAGGGCCAAUAGUCUUAGUGUCGGUGCUAAAGUGGGAAUCGGUCUCGGUGUAUCACUCGGUGUUCUUUUCUUUCUUGGCUCCGUAUCAGCAGCAUAUAUAAUUGGUAUGCGGAAGGGUCGCUCUACUACCAUAGAAAUAGGAUCAAAAGCCAGCAGUAGUGAGGCAGAUACAAAUACAACGGGUCCUGGGUAUGAAUUGGAUGAGCAGAGGAGAGCGCUAGAGAUGGCUAGCUACCGAGAACCCGUGGAAUUAAUGAGCUCAUAUUAG